AAGCAAGGCACAUCAGCUAGUCGCGCGCGCGGGGACCCCCGAACACGGUGCCCAAAAUUUUCGGCGCAAUCAAUCUCGCUGCACGCGCGUCAUCAUCCCGAAGGCAAAAUACGCGACCAGCACAGCUGUCAGCACAGCUGUCAGCACAGCUAUCAGCGCAGCCCUCAGAGCAACACCCUGUGGAGAGCCCGGGCGCCUAACCGGACUCGCUGGAUGAAUGUCACUCAAGGGCGAACACCUCAAAGAUGAGGGAACUCGCCUGGAAGUCACGGCUGCCGGGGCCACCGCGGGCCUGAUUGCCCGCUUCGUCACCGCCCCGCUCGACGUCGUCAAGAUCCGCCUCCAGCUCCAAACCCACUCCCUCUCGGACCCCCUCUCGCACCGCAACCUGCAAGGCGGGCCCAUCUACAAGGGCACGCUCCCGACGAUCUGCCACAUCCUCCGCCACGAGGGCCUCGCCGGCCUCUGGAAGGGCAACGUGCCGGCCGAGCUCCUCUACGUGUGCUACGGCGCCGUGCAGUUCACCGCCUACCGCUCGACCACCCUCUUCUUGCACUCCGCCUUCGGCGAGGGCGCCCUGCCCCAGUCCGCCGAGUCCUUCAUCGCCGGCGCCGUCGGCGGCGGCAUCGCCACGGUUGCGACCUACCCGCUCGACCUCCUCCGCACCCGCUUCGCCGCCCAGGGCAACGACCGCGUCUACACGGGCCUGUGGCGCGCCGUGUGCCAGAUCAGCCGCGAGGAGGGCCUGCGCGGCUUCUUCCGCGGCCUGGCGCCGGGCCUGGCCCAGAUCGUCCCCUACAUGGGCUUCUUCUUCGCCGCCUACGAGACGCUGCGCCCGCCCCUGAGCGGCCUGGAGCUGCCCUUCAGCUCGGGCGGCGCCGUGGCCGGCACCAUGGCCAGCGUGCUGGCCAAGACGGGGACCUUCCCCCUGGAUCUCGUGCGGAAGAGAAUCCAGGUUCAGGGGCCCACCAGGGGCAGGUAUGUGCAUAAGAACAUCCCCGAGUACUACGGCGGCACGAUCGGCGCGGUGAGGACCAUCCUGAGGAUGGAGGGGUUGAGGGGCCUGUACAGGGGUUUGACGGUCAGUCUGCUGAAGGCGGCGCCGACGAGUGCCGUCACGAUGUGGACGUACGAGAGGGCCUUGAGCUUCUAUAGUGGGCUCGGAAAUCGGCUGCGGGAGAGAAGGGAGGAUAGUCUGUGAAGGAUGGUAUAGAGAGAGAUUGAGAAUGUGAUACCCUGAUUAGACAUAACGAUAGACCUCUACAUACACUACAUUCAUAGAACCAAACUCGUAAUGCUAGCAAGAAUGAUACGCUCUAUGGCGGCACCUGGGAUAGACCCGGGGC